AUGCCUUUGGAGCCCGGCUUCCUCCCAGGCUGCAGAGAGAGCCUCUUCCUCCUCCUCCUCCUCGUGCUGGGCCCAACGUUCCCAACCGGCCCCGGGAUGCUGGUGCGCGAGGAGGCGUCCGGCCCCGGAGCCGCCUGCGCCGCGUCCUGCGGCGUCCGCCUCUAUUUCCGCGACCUCUUCAGCGGCAACAGCAAGAAUGCGUUCGAGCUGCCGGGGACGGUGCCGCCGGCGUGUUUCCAGCAGAUCCUCUCCUUCUGCUACACCGGCAAGCUCACCAUGGCGGCCAGCGAGCAGCUCGUGGUCAUGUACACGGCCGGCUUCCUGCAGAUCCAGCACAUCGUGGAGAAGGGCACGGACCUCAUGUUCAAAGUGAGCUCGCCGCACUGCGACUCGCAGACGGCCACCAUGGAGGAGCCCGGCUCGGAGCCGCAGAGCCCGUGCCUGUCGCGCGUCUCCUACUACGGCGUGCCCAACCUGGCCACCCUGCUGCCCGGCGUGCCGCCCGUGACGUACGCGCAGGGCGAGCGCACGAGCCCCGGCGCCAGCAGCCUGCCCACCACCGACAGCCCCACCUCCUACCACAACGAGGAGGACGACGAGGACGACGAGGCCUACGACACCAUGGUGGAGGAGCAGUACGGGCAGAUGUACAUCAAGUCCUCGGGAGAAUACUCCGUUGCUCAAGAAAAGCCAGAGCAGAUCCCACUGGAGAAUCGCUCCUGCGUCCUCAUCCGGCGGGAUCUGGUCGCGCUCCCAGCCAGUCUCAUCAGUCAAAUCGGAUACCGCUGUCACCCAAAACUCUACUCGGAGGGAGAUCCUGGAGAAAAACUAGAGCUCGUCGCAGGUUCGGGCGUUUACAUCACUCGGGGCCAGCUCAUGAACUGCCACCUGUGUGCAGGGGUCAAGCACAAGGUUCUCCUGAGACGUCUCCUGGCCACCUUCUUUGAUCGGAACACGCUCGCCAACAGCUGCGGCACCGGGAUCCGGUCGUCCACGAGCGAUCCCAGCCGGAAGCCGCUGGACAGCAGGGUCCUCAACGCCGUGAAACUGUAUUGUCAGAAUUUUGCCCCAAGCUUUAAGGAAAGCGAGAUGAAUGUUAUAGCAGCCGAUAUGUGCACCAACGCCCGCCGCGUCCGCAAGCGCUGGCUCCCGAAGAUUAAGUCCAUGCUGCCCGAAGGGAUGGAGAUGUACCGCACGGUGAUGGGCUCCAGCACAAACAGUGUCCCCCUGGACGCCGAGUUCCAGCCCAACACUGCUCAGGUCUUCGAGCAGCGCAUCUAUGCAGAACGGAGGAGCGAGUCGGGGACUAUAGUAGCCCUGAGAACUAACACGGUAAACGUAGAUCUAAGCAACGGCUCCAACCCGUCCUUUGAACAGAGCGAGGAUGCCGAAGGCGCUGGCUCUGUUAUACAAGAGGCAGCUGCCACGGAUGCGCUGGCAUCGGAUACCCAAAGCACUCCACAACCUUUCGAGCAAGGCUCGGGCUCCACUAGCCGGCCAGAAACUCCCGUGAGGAGACAGGAUGGUACCUACGGAGGGACUUUAUAAAGAGAGCAAACAUUUUGUGAUCUAUAAGGGAUCUGUAAUACUAAAGCUGCUUGCAUGCAUUACUAAUACGAAACAAAAAAAUGUGAUCAAGCCACUUACCUACUGAACU